AAUACGCAACAUAGUAUCUACUCUGCCAGAAAGCACAGGAAGAAGAGGCGCAGUUCAGACACACAAGCAGCCCUGGAUCCCCGGCUUGCGGUUACUGAUUGGGACAGACCCGCUGAGGAGAUCAGGAGCUGUAGGACUUCUUCGCCCCAGUACUUCUCGUCGAUGGCAGACUCCCGAGAAAGAAGGAAAACUGGCGAAGAUGAGCCUCAGGGUGCAUUCGGGGGUGAAGAUGUCAACGACGACAGAAUUAUGGAACAAGGAGCUAUUGUUUUAAGAGGGUAUGUCAUAGAGAGGAUCAGUGCAGAAAACCCAGCGAGGCAUUUGGCUCCAGAGGACCUUGGUGGCAGACCCAACGAACAAGAGGACCACCAAGUCAAAGACGUGGUACACCAGCUGCUGCUGAUCGCUGAUGACCUGAACAGAAAUGCUGAGCUACAACACCUAAUAAGCAGAGUCCAGGUAAACUGUGCCCAGGAUGUGUUCUUCUCAGUGGCCAGGGAAAUCUUUGCAGAUGGUAUCAACUGGGGCAGAGUGGUCUCCCUGUUUCACUUGGCCUACAAGCUUAUUUACAAGGCACUGACACAGAACCACUUAGAAAUCAUCAAGAAGGUUAUUAGCUGGGUAUUACAGUUCAUCAGGGAAAAUGUCUCCGCUUGGAUCCGACAGCAAGGAGGAUGGGAGGCGGUUGUUAGCACUGUGUCACAUUGGCGUACGGUGUCGCUUGUGGCUGCAGUGGCUUUCGUGGCGGUCAUGGUUUACUGGAGGAAAACACGCUGACGUCUCAGGAAGUGCCCUUGGUGAAAUCAAAGUGCUCUUAAAAUUUGGACAUUUCUCUGGGAACGGGUUAAAUGUUAAACGGGUUCAUAUGUUAUGUCCUGUGCAGUAGAUUUGACUUUGGGGGCAAUGGUGACAUAGCAAUCUUGUUUUAUAUGUUGAAUUGAUCUGAGAAGGAACAGUUGGUGCCUUUUGGUACAGUACUCCACACUGAGAAAGUAUUUAUUAGUACCAAUGUGAAACUGUAUUUUUCUAUUGCGCAAAAAAAAGAACCUUGUAAGGUGUUUUAUUGAACAAUGUUUUUUGAACAUUAGAUGUUUUAUUGAAUCCCUAAUCUUCUAUUGAUUUGGAAUUAAAAGUAAGCCACUACAAUUUUUUCAAAGCUCUAAAUAUAUAUAAUUUUUAUGUUUCUGAAUGGAACAAAUGUCUUUUAAAUCGUGGCAAACAUGCACACACGUUUAAUAAAAAUACUUGUGCCAAAGCAAAGUAAUAAUGAAUUUGUAAUUUACUGUUUUGAACUCCACUUCCUGAGUAAAGUUUAGUUUUGUACCCUG